UUUGAUCCUCCAAAAAUCCAGGGGAAGAAGGAUGUUACCGCGUAUUCUCCAACAACUGGAACUUGUCAGAUGAGCCCAUUUACUUCUCCAGUAAGCUCUAAAGAAGAGCACAGAAGUGGACCAUCAAAUGGAAAGAGAGCAAAACUGAAUGACCCUAAUUCUGAAUUAACUGAAGUAAAGGAAUUGACAGAAGACAACAAUGAUGAAUUCAUGUUAUUAGUAUCUGAAGUUGAAGAAUCAUCAGAAAAAAUCAUGGAAAUAAUGCAAAAUUUAAGAAGCAUACAGGCUUUGAAGGACAACAAAGAGCUUGAAAGUCUCAUUGGCAUCUCCUGUCAGUCGUGUUUCUUAAAAAAGGAAAUGCAGAAAACCAAAGAACUAAUGAUAAAAGUAACAAAACAAAAACUGUUUGAGAAGAAAAGCUCAAGACUUCCUCACAAAGCCUUUCACACUAUGGGAAACUAA